AAACCCUCCCACUUCGACAAAUUUAUUCGCGAAGACUCUCGAUUAGGUAUUGUAUAGCUCCUUUUUCUGCUUGUGCCUCCAAACAACAAAAACCUUUUCUUCCUAAUACAUCUUUUCGAUUCCCCUCUCCAAUUUGAUAAUGGCAUCUAACAGUGGAAGAAAAAGGAUAGGAUCAAGCAGCAACAAUGGAAGAGGAGGUGUUCUAGGAAGAGUUUCAAGCACUGUUUCUGAAUCAGCCAUUUUUCAAUACAGCAAACAAACUGCUGCCGAUGCUGCCUGUGUUACCAAGAAACUCCUUAAAAGUACUGGUAAAGCUGCUUGGAUUUUGGGUACUUCGUUUUUGGUCAUUGCUCUUCCUCUUAUAAUCGAGCUUGAACGUGAUGGUCAGUUGGAAGCCAUGGAACUUCAACAGGCUAGCCUUCUUGGGACUCCUCCUUCAUCUGGCAAGAAUUAUUGAUUUUGGCGUUUUGAUUUCUUGGUCUUUUUUUGGAGAAUUUUGCUUUCUUGGUUUUAAUUGUAUUGCGGAAUUAUCACAAUAUGGAUUAUUAAUGGGUUUUCCUUUAUAUACAUGCUAGUACUGUUUUGUUAUGGGAUAAUAAUGCAAUUGGACCUAAUGUGUUGAA